CAGAGAAGAGAUUGGAACACAGCGGCUGUACGGUUGUUGACGCCAGCAGACUCCGCCAUUACUUGAUCUGUCUGAGGACACUAGCUGCUUGAAGAUUUCAUCUAAAAACAUCAUGGACAUGGCUGAAGAUACCGGAUUUAAAUCUGAAACUCGUGACAGGUCUCGUUCUCCUGUUGAUGAGGACAGUCGUGACAUGGAUGGUGAAAAUGACCGUGGUGGUGAUCGUGAUCGUAAUCGUCGCAUGGAUCGCAGUAGGAGAACAGAUAGAUCAAGGGGUGGUUCAAAGCGUGGGUCGGCGGAGACUCGCAUAUAUGUAUCUAAUAUUCCCUAUGAGUACAAGUGGCAAGAUUUAAAGGAUCUUUUCCGUAAAGAAGUUGGUGAGGUGGCAUAUGUGGAAAUGUUUAAUGAUGAAAACAACCGCCCUCGAGGAUGUGCAGUUAUUGAAUUUGAAUCUGUGGAUCUCGUGUCUAAAGCUGUAGAUACCAUGCAUAGAUACGAGUUGAAGGGCCGCAAGCUGGUUGUGAAAGAGAAAGCAGAUGACUUACCACUUGCACAUCUUGCGCAGAUUCGGCUUGGAAACAGAAUGAGUGGACCAUCUCGCCAAGACUUUGAUUCUGAUAGAGACCGUCACAGAAGUUUGAUGAAAUCUGACAUGAGAGGAGGACGUGAUUUUACUCGUGGUGCAGACUUGGGUGGACCUCCUGGAAAUAAAUAUGGAAAUACCUACGGUCUUUCUACAGUGUUCCUAGAAUCGCUUGGGAUUACUGGACCCCUAGUCAGCAAAGUUUUUGUGGCAAAUCUUGACUACAAAGUUGAUGAUAAAAUGUUGAAAGAUGUUUUCAAGAUAGCUGGCAAAGUUAGCAGUGUAGAAAUCAGUAAAGAUCAGGAUGGAAAGAGCCGUGGAUUUGGAGUUGUUGAAUUUGAGCAUCCUGUGGAAGCUGUACAAGCUAUUUCCAUGUUCCACAAUCAAACUUACUAUGAUCGUAAAAUGAGUGUUCGAAUGGACCGUGUUACUGAGAAACAGGAAUCUUCAACCACAAAAUUGCCACCUGGGUUAAAAAGCCUUGGAAUGGGACUUGGUGUAAAUGGAUCUGCACUAACAGAUGUUGCCACUCUACCUAAUUCUGUUGCUACUGGUGUCACGGCAAUGCCGGCUGUUGGUGCUAUGGCAUCAAAUAUGGGCAACAUGGGUGGGCAAGGCAUGGGCAUGAUGGGAACUGGAAUGGGUGCUGGAAUGGGAGCUGGAAUGGGGGCUGGAAUGGGAACAGGUAUGGGAACAGGUAUGGGGACUGGAAUGGGGACUGGAAUGGGAACUGGAAUGGGAGCUGGAAUGGGAGGUGGCAUGGGCAAUAUGGGAGCUGGAAUGGGAAACAUGGGUGCUGGCAUGGGAAACAUGGGUGCUGGCAUGGGAACUGGAAUGGGAGCUGGUAUGGGAGCUGGAAUGAAUGCCAUGGGUAAUGGCUUGGGUUCUUCAUUGAUGGGUGGAAUAGGAGGUACUGGCAUGGGAACCUCCAACAGCUUGGUGUCUAAUUUGCCUGGGGGUGUAGGUUCUGGUAUUGGUGGUAGCAGUGGAUUAGUGAGUUCGAGUAUGAGCCGUGGAAAUUUAGGUAGCAGUGGAGGAUAUGGGUUGUCUCGGGACUAUAACCAUGGUACUGGCACCAGUGCUACUAACAGCAAUUACUCCGGAGGAUACAGGAACAUCAUUCAACUGAGUAAUCUACCGAUGGACUACACAUGGCAAUCACUUCGUGACCUGUGCCGUGAAUUUGGAGACAUAAGAUUUGCAGAAAUUAGAUCGAAGGGAACUGGAACAGUUAGAUUCCAGACAGAGGCUGAUGCUCGCAGAGCAGUUGAAAUGUUGGACCGCCAACGCCUUGAUGGAAGGAUUCUUGAUGUGGUUCUUCUGUAAAUUUAAGCACCAGGAGGAAGCAUUUAAAGCUGGAGCAAGAGAGUGAAAUGAUUCUUGUGAUUAAAACAGCUCCAACCAGAUGAGAGGGCUGUGACGAAUGUACCAAGGAGACAGCCGAUGACAACUUCCUAAGGUAAUGGCUGCUUACAUGGGGGCUUGUGUCAUCUAAAUGGCCCGUCAGUUUCUCGAGUUCGCAGUUAUGGAGGAUUGGAUUAUGCCUUGUUUGGAAAGCUUCCAAGCAGAUGGUUUUGAAGACUUGACAACUUUGCUGGAGUUCAUAUGGAUUAUAUAUGGCAUUCUAAUUUAGUAGGUGUUUGUAUACCUCACACCAAGUGGCAGUGUUUAAUCACAAUUUUCAACUCUGGAGGUGGCUGUCUUGAGAUUUGCUCGAUCUGGUAUUGACAACCUGCAGUGAUUUGGAAUUGGUAAUUUGCUCCCUGUAAUGAAUAGAAAAUAUUGUCGUACUAAAAUAUAUGUGAACUGAAAGAUUGUAAAGAGAAUUUUCAUCCCUGCUGUCAUUCUUCUGUAUGCAUGUAAUAAUACUUUUUAUUAUUAUUAGGUUAUAUAGUAGUUCUCAUCAUUUGGUCCUUUUGAGAGGAUGUCUGCUUUCUACACAUAGUUGUUGUAAAUGUCGAAGGUUAUUUGUGUUCAGUUGACAGUUGAGAGAAGUUGGAGUAGUAUAAUUGGAUCAUUGUACCUGUUUAUAGAUAAGAUGUAAUUCGCCAAUAAAUGGGCAAUGGGCCGUCUUUGC